CUCUUAAAUUCACUCACAUACAUCGAUUUACACAUGGAAACAAUAACAUCAACAACCAUGUAUAAACCAUCAAUUCACAAACAUCCUCUUUUCUUUUCAGCUCGGGUUGUUAAUACAUAUUGUGGAUCCUGCGGUAGAACAGAAAACAUUUAUGGUGGCUACUAUUGCAAUGAUCCUAAUUGUUCUUCAUACUUCCAUAAGAAGUGUGCCGAAGCCCCAUUGGAAAUCAACCACCCUUCUCACCCUCAACAUCUUCUCCUGCUCAUAAAAGAUUCUUCUCAUGAUCCAUGUGAUUUUUGUGGAGAAGCUAUUUUUUCCUCAGGCUAUAUUUGUUCCACAUGCGAAUUCAAAGUACAUUUGAGUUGUGGGAUGAAGCCAUCACCGUCUGAUAUCGAACAUCUCCCAUGUCAUGACCAUCCACUUGCCUUCUUGAAGGAACGAGUAAAAUCCUCGUGUGAGGUGUGCAUGGAGAGUAUUUGGGGACCAUCAUAUUUAUGUCAUGAAUGCAAUAUAUAUUUCCACAUGGAUUGCGUCAAUCUCCCAAAAGAGGUAAAUCAUCAUUGUCACCCUAAUCAUCCUAUCAAACUCAUUGCAUCUGAAAAACUUUUGGGUGAUGCCGAAAAGACUUGUUUUUCAUGUAAAAAACAACCAAGAAAAGCUGUUUAUCAUUGUCACAUUUGCAACUUCAGCAUAUGCCUUCUUUGUACUAAAAGUUCACCACCCCUUGUAAUUGGGCAUAAGAAGACCCACAUACAUCCACUUACUCUCUUUUCAAAAAUAAUCACAUUUACUUGUGAUGUUUGUGGGGAAGACGGUAAAUGGGGGUCUUAUGUAUGUAUUCAAUGUGCUUUUCUUACCCAUGGAGAAUGUAUUGACUUACCCCGUGUUAUCAACAUCAAUCGCCAUAAUCAUCAAAUUUCUUUCACUCAUUGUCUUGGUGGGGGAUACUCGAAAUGUGGAGUUUGUCGCAACAGCUUAAGUAAGUACCAUGGAGCAUAUUCUUGCUCUGUAUGUCCAAAGUAUGCAGCUCACUGUAGAUGUGCUGUAAGAGAAGACGUAUGGGAUGGUAAAGAAUUAGAAGGUAUCCCAAAUCAUGAUACCACACCAUUCAAGGUGGUGGGUGAUGACUUGAUAAUUCAUUUUAGUCAUGAAAAACAUCCUUUAAAAUUAUACAAUAACAAUACCCUUUAUGAUAAGUGGCUAAAGUGUGAAGCAUGUAUUUAUCCACUUGGAUCUGAGUCCAUCUAUGGUUGUGAGGAAUGUGGAUUUAUUCUUCAUGAAAAAUGUGCUAAUCUUUCUAUGAAGAUAAAGUUUAUCUUUACUACUGCACCAUACUCCUUGGAAGUUGUUGACGGAAUUGUAGACAGGUGCAUCCUAUGUAAAGUAUUUUUUGAUGGUUUCAAGUACACAGUGGGAGAUGGGAUGGAAUUGUUUAGACUAGAUGUACAUUGUGGUUCUAUCUCUGACCCGUUUGUCCAUGAUGGCCAUUCACAUCCCCUAUACUUUUAUGAUAUGUGGCGUUCUACUUGCGAUGCAUGUGAGGACUUUGUUGAAGGUAUAUAUGCGCUGCGUUGUGAUGACUGUAAGUUCAAAUUAUGUUUGUAUUGUGCUACUUUGCCUUUAAAGAUGUGGCAUAGGAAUGAUGAUCACCCUAUCACUUUACAUUGCGGUGUAAAGAUGAGCAUAGAAAGUUGGUGCGACAUUUGUGAGAGGGAAGUAGAUCACUGUAAAUGGUUCUAUACAUGCUCUGAUUGUGAAGUCACAUUUCAUACACGAUGCCUAGUAGGAGAUUUCUCACGUCUCAAGCCAGAAAAGCUCAUUCUCUAUCGUCGAAAAAGAUUUGAGGUGGUCCGUAAUAAUAACAACACUCGGCCAUUAUGCAGCCAAUGUGCCUCUCGAUGCAAGUUCUUAGUCGUCCUAAAGACUUGUGAUGGAGAUAAUAGAUACAUAUGUUCCCGGUCUUGUUUAUUCAGCUAUAUAGAAGAUUAGCUGUAUGAUGAGUAGUUGUAUAAUUUCAUUCGCUUUCCUAAAUAAUUUGACAAAACUUGUUUCCAAGGACCGAAAUGUAAUAAAGACUCAUUAUGUUUUCUAGUGUAAAAGAUAGUUCUUAUUGUACUCCCA